AUGGUGCAACCCUCCUUCAGGACGUCACUGAGUGUACUAGUUACUCUCUCCAUUGGUGUGACCACACCCCUGACAAGAAGCAACUUAAAGAAGGGUCUCUUCAGCCCACAGUUCCAGGCCACGGCCCGUCAUGGGGGAGAAGAGACAACAGAUGAUGCAGAUGCUGAUGUGGAUGAUGAUGAUGAUGUGGAUGAUGACGAUGAUGUGGAUGAUGAUGAUGAUGUGGAUGAUGGUGAUGAUGAUGUGGAUGAUGAUGUUGUGAAUGAUGAUGAUGAUGUGGAUGAUGGUGAUGACGUGGAUGAUGAUGAUGAUGUGGAUGAUGAGCCCCGGGAGCCCCGGAUCCGCCCGCUGCAUGGGCGCGCGGAGCCUGCUGCUGCCGCUGCUGCUGGCGCCGCGCCGUGGCCCCCCGCCGACGCCCUGGGCUGCCGCGGGGACGCGGGGCAGCCGGUGGACUGGUUCGUGGUGUACAAGCUGCCCGCCCACAGCGGGUCUGGGGGUGCGGACUGGAGGGGUCUGCGCUACAAGUACCUGGACGGCAACUCCGGGGGUUGGCAGGAUGGCCUGGAGUCCAUCAAUAGCUCGGCGGGGGCCGUGGGCCGCAGCCUGCUGCCGCUGUACAGGAGCAACUCUAGCCAGCUCGCGUUCCUGCUCUACAAUGAUCAGCCGCCUAAAUCCAGAGCAGUCACCAGCUCUUCCAGCCGCGGGCACACGAAAGAUGUCCUGCUUUUUGAUCAAGAAGGGGGCUUCUGGCUGGUCCACAGCGUGCCUCGCUUCCUGCCUCGCGUCUCCUCCGGCACAUACAGCUGGCCUCCUAACGCCCACACCUACGGUUGGACCCUUCUCUGCGUGUCCUUCCCCCUCACCCAGUUCCUAAGGAUCGGCUAGCAGCUGACGUACACCUACCCCCUGGUCUACGACCACAAACUAGAAGCCAUCUUUGCUCAGAAAUUCCCUGUCCUGGCGGAAGUGAUCGAGGGUCACCAUGUCCUCCACGAACCCUGGAACAACAGUGUCACGCUCACGUCACAAGCAGGGGCUACCUUCCAGAGCUUUGCCAAAUCUGGAAAGUUCGGAGAUGACCUGUACUCUGGCUGGCUGGCAGCAGCCCUUGGCAGGGACCUGCAGGUCCAGUUCUGGCCAAAGUCUCCAGGUGUCCUGCCGUCCAACUGCUCUGGGACCCAGCAAAUUCUGGACGUGACACAGACAAGUUUCCCUGGACCAGCUGGUCCAGCUUUCAAUGCCACUGAGGAUCACUCCAAAUGGUGCGUGGCCCCGGAAGGGCCCUGGGCCUGCGUGGGUGACAUGAAUCGGAACGCCGGAGAGGAACACCGGGGUGGAGGCACUCUGUGUGCCCAGCUGCCGGCCCUCUGCAAGGCCUUCCGGCCCCUGGUGAAGGCGUGGCAACCCUGCGGGGAGGAGGAUGGAGCCCGGAAGCCCAGUGGCUGAGACUCAGGAACUCAUUUGGACUUGAAUUUGUUUUCUGUGGCCUCAAUUCAGGGCCUCAAGUAUGCCAGGCCAUUACUCCGAGCUACACCUCCAGCCCUGGACUUAAGUGUGCGUGCAUCUCAGCUCCUUUCUAGUCAGGUGACACUAAUUAGGUACAUUAACCUCUGAGUCUACCACUCCGCAAAAAUGAGAAUCCUGCUGGGUGUGGUGGCGCACGCCUUUAAUCCCAGCUUUCUGGAGGCAGACGUAGGAGGAUUGCUGAGAGUUUGAGGCCACCCUGAGAUGACAUAGUGAAUUCCAGGUUGACCUGAGCCAGAGUG